AUGAUUUUCUUGGCCAUCGGAACCAACGGUUUUGGCUUUUCAGGAUUCCUUGUAAACCAUUUGGACUUGGCACCACCAUUUGCAGGAAUUCUUUUCUCUAUUACCAAUAUAUGGGCAACCAUUUCGGGGAUGGUGACCCCGUACGUCGUCGGUAUCAUAAUAGCUGAACAGUGUGUUAAAUGUUCAGUAAUCAGAAAAUAUUCAUCAGUGACAUUCUGUUUUUCUGUUUCCGUCUCUCUCUCUGCAUGUCUCUCUCUCUCGCUCUCUCUCUCUCUCUCUCUCUCUCUUUCUCUCUCUAUUCAUUUACAUUUUUUCUCUGGGGUGCAACUAACGUUUUCAAUAUCUCUCAGUCUGUCUCUAUCUUUCUCCCUCUCUCUCUCUCUGUUUCUUCCUCUCUCUCUUUCUCUGUCUGCCUGUCUAGGUCUCUCUAUCUUUCUCCCUCUCUCUCUGUUUCUCUCCCUCUGUUUCUCUCUCUCUCUCAGUCUGUCUGUUUAG